CUGUACAGGCAGAGCUGCGGACACCUAAGAUAACGCAAUUUCUGCGCUAGGUGGGGCGGGGCUCCGCGAGGACCUCACGCUGAAGGGAUAACUUGGGAAGCGGAGGCAGGCGAUAGAGAAGGGGCGUCCGACGGCUACUGAGGACGUGACAAGAUUGAGGACCAGAGAGAGAAGGUGACCUCUCCAAAGUCACAGCUGGCCAAGAACCUAAGCCUGUAACUGAAGAGACCAGAGAUCUUUCUUUCUGCUACAUACACUCUUGGGAAACGGACCCUAAGAUCCUUGCAGAUUAUCUUCUGGGGAAAAAAUGCCUAAAGUCAAAAGAAGCCGGAAAGCUCCCCCAGAUGGCUGGGAGUUGAUCGAGCCAACAUUGGAUGAAUUAGAUCAAAAGAUGAGAGAAGCUGAAACAGAACCUCACGAGGGAAAGAGGAAAGUGGAAUCUCUGUGGCCCAUCUUUAGGAUCCAUCACCAGAAAACCCGCUAUAUUUUUGACCUCUUCUACAAGCGGAAAGCCAUAAGCAGAGAACUGUAUGAAUACUGUAUUAAAGAAGGCUAUGCAGAUAAAAACCUAAUCGCAAAAUGGAAAAAGCAGGGAUAUGAGAACCUAUGCUGCCUGCGGUGCAUUCAGACACGGGACACCAAUUUUGGGACGAACUGCAUUUGCCGGGUCCCCAAAAGCAAGUUGGAAGUGGGCCGGAUCAUCGAGUGCACGCACUGCGGCUGCCGGGGCUGCUCUGGCUGAGGCCAUCGGCCCCGAGCCCUCUCCGCCCUGGACUCUGGACUACGCAGGUUUCUGCCUGUCACGCCACCCUUUCCUGGGAGCAGCUCUUCCUCAGAGCAGUUCCCCAGGCCCGAGUAGGAGCAUGGUCUCUACAUGUGAAGGCUUUGGUGUUCAUCAGCUGUGAUUUGUAGAAAUAAAGCUCUUAAACCUUU